AUGUCAAAGCAGUACCUCGCGCAGCACACGGUCGACGAGGCUCACGGCACAGACAUAUUCUCUCUCGCCGUGACCUCGGCGCAGAUAAUCACUGGCUCCGGCGAUCCAUCCAUCAAAAUCCACUCCACCACCGACAGCGACCUCCCCAUCGCGCAGGUUCUCAAAGACGCACACAAAUUAGGUGUCCAUCACCUGAUCACAAGCAAAGAUGGUAGCAAAGUCGUGAGCGCAGGCUUCAGCGGCGAGGCCAAGAUCUGGAAAUACGAGGAUGGGAUCUGGAAGCUGGAGUCCGAGAUCAACGUCGGCAAGGACGGCGCCAAAAAAGUCAAGGCUGGCGAGAUCUGGGCCGUGGCGCUAUCUGCCGAUGCGCAGUAUCUGGCGGCCACGACGUAUGACGGACGAGUCAACGUCUGGAAUCUCGCCAAUGUGAACGAGAAGUUCAGAGAGUAUGAGACGAAGGGUAGCUUUGGGAUGUGUGUUGAUCUGUCAUCCGACGGACGGUUCAUCGCCAGCGGCCAUGAGUCCGGCAACAUCUACCUCUUCUCGACCGCCACAAGCCGCCUCCUGCACUCGCUCCCGGGCCUGAUCAAACCCAUCCGCGACGUCAAAUUCUCGCCGGCUUCGAAAAUUGUCGCCGCGGCGGGUGAUUCACGCAUCAUUUCCCUCUACAACCCCGAGUCCGGCGAGCAGGUGGCUAAUCUCAGCGGCCACGCGGCGUGGAUCACGAGUCUUGACUGGAGUUUUACAGGCCAGUAUCUUCUGAGCGGCAGCCUCGAUGGGAAAGUCAAGGUGUGGGAUAUCGACCGCAGAGCCUGUGUGGCCACUCAUAGUGAGAGUGACAAGGGGCUGUGGUGUGUCAAGUGGUUGCCCAAGGGUGAGUCGGCUGUCGAUCGUCAGAAGGCGGAGCGCUUCGUCACCGUGGGGAGUAAUCGGGCGAUUGCAAUCUAUCGCGAGGCUACUGGUGGAUGA